AUGUCCUAUGGACACGCAGGUCUGCAGGGCAAUGAAGCUGCAGACGGCCUAGCAAAACAAGGAGCAAAAGAGGCCAAUGCAAUGCCCGAAGACUCCAGGACGACCACAAUCCAAGAAGUGAAAGGAGCAAGCCACAAGUCCUGCAUGAUUAAGUGGCAAAAACGUUGGCAGAACUCAUCUACCGGUAGCACUUUCUAUGAGUUCUUUCCAUCAGUCGAGCAAAAGCGACAUCUUGACCACCCAGAUAAGGCAACAUAUGGCGUGAUCCUGCAGCUACAGACAGGGUAUUCAAUCCUUAAUGCACAUCGCACCAGGGUUGGCAUCAAUGUCUCACCACUGUGUGAAUGUGGAGCCCUGGAGAGUACAGAGCAUUACCUCCUGGAAUGCUACAUCCACGAAACACACCGGGGCGAACUCUUGAAAGCACUACACAAACUAUGUGGAGUCACGGCCCUUGAUAUCAAGACACUACUCAACACAGACGAUCACCCAUACAUACCAGGUAUUACAUCUGAACUGUCCAAGUAUAUCAAAGCCACAGGCAGAUUCAUGACAAAACAGCCUGUCAGCGAUAAACCCCGAUCCGACAUCCACAACUAA